GCCGUCGCAUCACGUGCGCCGGUCAGGUGGCGCUGCGGGGCGGGUCGACAGACUGCGGGGCGGACGGUGGACGCGGUUAAGCUCAGGUCCCACCGAUCCGACCCCUGCCGUCGCUGCUGCCAUGACGGGGCUGGAGUUGCUCUACCUCGGGAUCUUUGUGGCCUUCUGGGCCUGCAUGGUCGUCGUGGGAAUCUGCUACACCAUCUUUGACCUGGGCUUUCGCUUUGAUGUGGCAUGGUUCCUGACGGAAACUUCCCCCUUUAUGUGGUCGAAUCUGGGCAUUGGCCUAGCAAUUUCUCUGUCUGUGGUUGGAGCAGCCUGGGGAAUCUAUAUUACCGGCUCUUCCAUUAUUGGGGGUGGAGUGAAAGCCCCCAGAAUCAAAACCAAGAACUUGGUUAGUAUUAUCUUCUGUGAAGCGGUGGCCAUCUAUGGCAUCAUCAUGGCAAUUGUCAUCAGCAACAUGGCUGAGCCUUUCAGUGCUACUGACCCCAAGGCCAUUGGCCAUCGAAACUACCAUGCAGGCUACUCCAUGUUCGGGGCUGGCCUCACAGUCGGUCUGUCCAACCUGUUUUGUGGAGUCUGCGUGGGUAUUGUGGGCAGUGGGGCUGCCCUGGCUGAUGCACAGAACCCCAGCCUCUUUGUAAAAAUUCUCAUCGUGGAGAUCUUUGGCAGUGCCAUUGGCCUCUUUGGGGUCAUCGUUGCGAUCCUUCAGACCUCCAGAGUGAAGAUGGGUGACUAGAUGACCUGUAUGGGUGGGGCCGUGCCCCACUGUUAUUUAUUGCUGGUUUUCCUGGGACAGCUGGAGCUGUGUCCCUUAGCCUUUCUGGGGCUUGGUGUUCAGGGCCCUCCUGCACUCACCUCUUGCUGCCUGUUGACUCUGGAGGCAUUGCAGUCCAGACUGAACCCCAGUGUGGACAGUGGGCUGCUGAUGGUGACUGUGUACAGCUGUGCACCUGUGGCCCCCCAACCCCAUCCAGCCCAUCUUCCUAGUGUUUGUGAAAUAAACUUGGUAUUUGUCCCA